CCAGGUUAGUUAUUCAUCCGAUCAGAUUCGUCCAUGUGGAGUGUGGCAAAAAAAACGUUUGUUAAAGUUUCAUUCACAGCGUCGUGGUAUUGUUUACACAGCAACUGAGUCAGUAAAUACCUACUUUUAAAAAAGGUCAUUUAAUUCACAAUAAACUGUUAGUUAUUAUUUUACAAUACUCACCGCCAGUCCUGAAGGGGGCGUAUUUCUGUAAAGGCGUGUCCCGACAGGGUUUAACGCUCUAAUGGGCGUGGUCACUCUCCCUGUAUUGUCAGACUUGAGGUGAGUCAGAUGAUCAACUGUCUAUUUGUAGCAGGGUGGUUAUUUACAUUUGUGUGUUUUUAUACUUUGUAAACAAAAUGGAAAUGAACACGUGCAACAUCCAGGUCCUGUUGCAAGCAGCGGAAUAUCUUGAGAGGAGAGAACGAGAAGCAGAGCACGGGUAUGCAUCUGCAUCGCCGUUUUACAGUAAGAGUGCUGCGGAUCAGCGAAGCAAGCAGAAAUCCCGGAAGAACCCGGACAGCAUCAGGACAGUGCACAAUGAGCUGGAGAAACAUAGACGAGCCCAGCUCCGCCGCUGCCUGGAGCAGCUGAAACAGCAGGUCCCUCUGAGCGCAGAGUCCUCGAGAAACACGACCCUGAACCUGCUGCGCCGGGCGCGCCUGCACAUCAAGAAGUUGCAAGAGCAGGACAAGCGCGCUGAACGUAUGAAGGACCGUCUGCGCUGGGAGCAGAGCGGGCUGCGCGGGAGACUGGAACAGCUGCUGGGGGGGGCAGAGAGAACAAGGAACGACAGCCUGGGAUCAGCACUGUCCUCUGAGAGGUCCGACUCCGACCAAGAGGAUGUGGAGAUUGAUGUGGAGAGCACCAUGUUCGUGUGUGUGGAGACGGAGGAUCUGGGAGUUGCACAGGGGGAAGGAGAUCACAGCUACUCCAGCCCAGGACUGGUCUGGCUAUGACACCAACACCAUCUGCUGGUCAGAAGAAAGAGAAAAAAAAGCACAAAAAAAUUAACAAGCAGAGUGGGUCACAGAGGCAGUGAAACACUUAGAGAAGCACUUACUGAAACCCUGCUACAGCACAGGACCGUCUGUGACAGGUUUGCAUUCAUAUUGUAGAUGUAAUCUAAGCAGGCAGCAUGCAAAGACCAGCAGGAAUUAUUGGAGA